GCUAGAGCUUUUCCCUUUCCGGCUCACGACUUCAUUGCCCAACCGCGUACUGUGCAGUAGCCACCACCUUCAUUGCCCAAAACGAUCAACUCAGCACGCGGGGUUCCCAGGCGGAGGAGGCGAGGAGCGGCGCCGGCGGCUAUCGAUGGAUCCAGGCGGCGCCGCCGCCGCCAAGCUUGCGGUGUGGUGCUGGAUGUGGGGGAUGCACGACAACUCGGACGACGCGGGCGACGGCAAUAAGCAGUUCCAUCUCGUGGCCUCCGCCGAUUUCAGCCACGACACGCGUAUGCCCGGGGAGUUUGGAAGCCACUUGAUGAAUAUAACCCCUGAGUCUGAUCUUGUCAAACUUGUAGCUCACGACGAACCUAUUUCUGACUCUAAUCAAUGUGAAGCAAAUGGGGGUUCAGCGAGCGAUACUGAUAUGCAACUUGAAGUGACCUUGAGCACCUUGGCUAUUCAAUUCUUUUGCCGCUUUUAUGAGAAUGUCCACAUGCGUGGUUUGACUUGGCAGGAUGAUGAGUAUAUGCAAUGGGUCUCUGGAUACCAUCACAUAGAGCGAACCAAAGGCCUUUCUGCCAGGUUUAUGAAUGAGCUCAUUGGAGUUGGAUGCUACUCUUAUUUCCCCUUUGGACCAUUUGGGCCAGGAAGCACUGUGAUCACUAUUCCUGAAAGUGCAUGGGCUGAAAUUUCUGUUGGGCUUCAGAGCAUGCUCAUAACUAUGCUUGACUCUUUUCUUCGGCCUGAACAUUCCAAUGCUAUGGGCUUGAAUAAUUCUGCUUGUACUUUACCACCUGAAUCUGUAUGUGUGUUGGUUGAUGUUGCAGUGUCUUCAAGUGUGUUGGCCGAUGUUGCAGUAUCUGACACUUCUAUGUUUGAUGCUGCUAUGCCGGAAUUUGCUACAGUGUCUGAAGGUGUGAUGGCUGCUGCUGUAGUAUCUAAUACUGCAGUGUCUGAUGGUAUUAUGGCUACUGCUGCAGUGUCUGAUACUGCAGUAUCUGCACGUGUUUUGAACUCUACUGCAGUGCCUGAUGUUAUGACUGAUAUCCAUGAAGCUGCCGGUGGCAAUACUGUUAAGAAGAGGAGCAGAUCAGAGGUUGCGGUGGUGACUGAACAUGGUCGAGGACCGCACAGUGACAAGGAGGGAUGUGCGCCAAUGGAGCUCCCAUCUGAGAAUCCUAAAAGGAAGAAAUCUUCUGUUGUGAUGACCACAGGCCAACAGUGCCUUCAGAUUUCAGCAGUGCAGCAAAUGGGGGUUGAACAGUGUGGUAUUGAAGUCUGUUCCAACAAUCUCAUGGGACCUUCUCAGCGUCCCUAUAUUCUGCCCAAGAAGACAACUCUACCUAGUGAAUUGGAGAAAAAAGUAAAGGAGAAAGUCAAGCCUAUUCAAUCUAAACUUCCCAUCUUCGUGAGAGAGUUGAAAACAUACUCUGUUGUUGGCACAGGCCAAGGAGGAUGUGCUCUGGUCUUUUGCAAGGAAUUUGCUUCGGCAUGUGGCCUCCCGCACACAAAGAAAACAACCAUACAUCUUCAGCUGGAGGACAAAACGAAGGGGCCAUGGCCUGUCACGUUAAUCCGCAGUGAGCAUAACAGCAACCAGAGGUGGCUUACCACGGGGUGGAACAAAUUUGUCACGGACAAUGGCCUGAAGAAAGGAGAUGCCUGCCUCUUCCAGCCAGACAAGAGCAACAACACUCAGGGCCUUUCGAUGACUGUUUAUCUGAUUCGCAAGUCGUCGGAAAAGGAGCUGUAGCUCAAGCAUGUUGACUUGUGGUUUCUUAUCAAUCGUCUAUAUUUAGUAUGGCUCUAAUAACUCUCUUAUGCCCUCCUAUGAGAGCUGACUUGUUGACCAACUUGAUGUUGAGUUCAUUUAGGUGACUUGUAGCUGUUAAACAACUACCUAGUAUUAGUAUGUAUGUCUGUGCCGUGUGUUGCUGCUUCAGAUGGGAUUAGGAGCUACUUUAUUAUUCAGAGUGUUGUUUGGUGCAUCAAUGCAUGGUUCAAAUUUGAUUA